CGUGGCUGGAGUUAAGAGUUAGGGCCACGCCUGCACUCAGUCCACACAUUUGUCCUGUGUCUUGGGACGCCGGGGCCCGGAGCUGGCAGGGCCUAGCCUGAACGGAGCCGAGAUAUCCUGUAGAAAAGGCUUGAGUAUCUUGGGACGAGGUUCCCAACCCUCUGAGGCCCGCCCAGGAUUCCGCGCCUCUGGUCGCUUUCUCCACUUUUCUGUUAAAUGGGGUCCCCAGGCCUCAGAUGAGGAGCGGGCUCUGUUCCGGAGAUUUUGGAACAGCUCCAAGUUACUCGGGAUGUGGGGACGCCUGGUCUAAGUGGUUGAACCUCAGAAUAUUGAUUCUUUUCAAUAUGGAUGGUGGGGAUGAUGGUAACCUUGUUAUCAAAAAGAGAUUUGUGUCUGAGGCAGAAUUAGAUGAACGGCGCAAAAGGAGACAAGAAGAAUGGGAGAAAGUUCGAAAACCUGAAGAUCCCAAAGAAUGUCCAGAGGAGGUUUAUGACCCUCGGUCUCUCUAUGAAAGGCUCCAGGAACAGAAAGACAGGAAACAGCAGGAGUAUGAGGAGCAGUUCAAAUUCAAAAACAUGGUAAGAGGCUUAGAUGAAGAUGAGACCAACUUCCUUGAUGAGGUUUCUCGGCAGCAAGAGCUAAUAGAAAAGCAACGAAGAGAAGAAGAACUGAAGGAACUCAAGGAAUACAGAAGUAAUCUCAACAAGGUUGGAAUCUCUGCAGAAAACAAAAAGGAAAUGGAGAAGAAACUGCCUGUGAAACCAAUAGAAACCAAGAACAAGUUCUCCCAGGCAAAGUUAUUGGCCGGAGCUGUGAAGCACAAGAGCUCAGAGAGUGGCAAUAGUGUGAAAAGACUGAAGCCAGACCCUGACCCAGAUGACAAGAGUCAAGAGGCCUCAUCCUGUGUGUCUCUUGGAAGUACUUCCCUGAGCGGCCCGUCCAUUCACUGCCCCUCCGCUGCUGUCUGCAUCGGCAUCCUCCCAGGCCUGGGCGCCUACUCUGGGAGCAGCGACUCUGAGUCCAGCUCAGACAGUGAAGGCACCAUCAAUGCCACAGGGAAGAUCGUCUCCUCCAUCUUUCGAACCAACACCUUCCUUGAGGCACCCUAGCUCCUGUCCUUCACACAGCGAGUCCCCCUAGAAUGGUCAGAUUGUCUGUUCUGCCACCAGGCAUUUGUAACCUCCCUCCAAAAACUCCUUUGCUGGCCCCCUGUGCACACUGUGAAACUUCUAA